AUGGCGACCACGACGAAAGCAGUCGAUACUGAUGCCAAGAAAGACAAAGCUGUCGAGUUCUUGAUCGCCGCAGACAGUGGAAGUGUGGAGUUUGAUGAGGCAGAAGAAGCGCACGUCCUUCGCAGAAUCGAUCGGCGAGUCCUGCCACUCAUCCUCGGGGCCUAUUUCUUCCAACAACUCGACAAAAGCUCGUUGUCAUACGUCUCCAUUUUCGGACUGGUGAAGGAAGCGGGCCUCAAAGGCAAACAGUACUCAUGGCUGGGAAGCAUUCUGUACUUUGCGCAGUUGAGCAUGCAGCCCCUCGUAGCAUUUUUGCUGGUCAAGCUACCAACUGGUAAAGUGCUUGGUUGCGCAGUCAUUUGCUGGGGCAUCGCGGAGACGUUGAUGGCUGCGUGCACGGGUUUCAAGUCACUGGCCGCAUUGCGAUUUCUGCUCGGUUCGUUCGAAGCCUUCAUUGCACCCAUCUGCGUAGUGGUUACACAGAUGUGGUGGCGUCGUCGAGAGCAAACCCUGCGAAACUCGUACUGGAAUGCGAUGAAUGGAGUCACUUCAAUCUUCGGCAGUCUGAUCACUUUUGGCUUGGGCCACAUUCACAGCAGCUCGCUACGCCGCUAUCAGAUCAUAUUCAUGUUUUGCGGCCUCCUGACGGUGGUUUGGGGCGUCCUCGUCCUGUGGCUGAUGCCGGACUCACCGAUGGACGCAAAGUAUCUGACGCAACGAGAGAAGAUCGUUGCGACUCGCCGUCUCCGGGCUAAUCAGCAGGGUAUCGCAAGUCGUGACUGGAAGAUGAGCCAUGUCAUGGAGACCGCAACCGAUGUGAAGACGUAUCUCUGGUUCCUGCUCAUCUUUUCCAUCUCAGUUCCUUCGGGUGGAAUAGGAACGUUUGGAUCUCUGAUUGUCAAGGACUUCGGAUAUUCCUCGUUCAGUGCGAUCCUCUUCAACAUCCCAUUCGGAGUCAUCCAGGUGCUGGCUAUCAUCGGAUCUGCCGCUCUGGCUAACAAGUGGAAGCGGAAGGGACUCGUGAUCUCCUUGAUUUCGAUCCUCCCAGUUAUCGGCUGUGUCAUCAUGCUGACGGUACCUCGUGAUCAAAAGGUGGUCCUUCUCUUUGGAUACUACUUGGUUUCCUGUUUGGCAUGUAUCACGCCAUUAGUAUACGCUUGGCAUGUGCAGAAUACUGCAGGCGAUACCAAACGCAAAUGUACCUCUGCAGUCAUGUUCAGUGGCAUGUGCACAGGAAACAUUGUCGGCCCUCAACUGUACAGCGUAGACCAAGCGCCUAAGUAUCGCCCAGGACUGCUGGCGAAUCUCGUGCUGUUCGUACUCACUGGCUUGUUGGGAAUCUUGAUCACGUUGUACCUUGCGAUGCUCAACAAGCGCCACGCCCGUCGACGAGAAGCUCUUGGGAAGAGUACCAGCGUGGUGGACCAGUCCAUGCUCAGUAAGGCAGAACGUGUCGAUCGUAAAGAUGGCGUGGUCGAGAGUGAGGCUGAGAUUGUAGAGGACAAUGGCUUCAAAGACGUGACGGACCUUUUGAAUGAGGACUUCAUUUAUGUAUAUUGAAGCUGUGCGGUAGAU